CUCUCUCAGGAGUGAAAGUAGACUGAUAACUCAAUUUUAGGCCAUGGAUGACAUCGAGAUCACAGAGGACAGAGACAAACUGAAGCGAAACGUUGUGAAGGUGAUGCAGUGUGUAGCCACCAUCUCGUCCGCAGCCGCUGUGGUGAACCCCAUCUUCGGUGUGGUAGGCUCACUGAUUCGCGUCAUCCUCCACCAUGUGGAUGACGAGGAUAUUCAGACCCUUCGACGCGAGUUUGUCAGCGUGAACCGAUCACUGGAUGAGGUUUCGAGGCAAAACCAUGGCAUCUUGCUCCAGAUCAGGAAGGAGACGCUGGACGGGCAAUACAACCAAGUAGAGAACAACCUACGCAACCAGUUCCGUAAGUUCAUGGAGUUUGUGAAUGCACGACCCGAGCACGUGGAGGGCAAGCGCGACGAUUUUGAGGAAAGCUUUGCCAACGACUUGGGUGACCAGAACCUGCACACACUCUACGAUGGUGUAAUGGGCAAGCCCAAGCUGUUCAGCCGGCCCAUCCUCGACGUCUACAUGACUUACUCUAAAGGAGAGAAGGGAGUGAUGGAGCACCUGUGCACACACAUCACCUACCUGUUCUGCAUCGGCCUCAUCCCUCUGAUGGGUUACGCCGCGAUCAUCGGUGAUGACGAAGAGGGCCUGAGAGAGGAAUGGGCUGCGAAGAUGGAGGAAGUUCAAGAGAAGAUGCAGGAGAUGCUUAGGAAGUGCAAGUGAUUCCUUUCCAAUCUCAGACACACACACACACACACACACACACACACACACACACACACACACGAGGACUCCUUAUGUAUUCCAUAAAGGUCUAUACGGUAUGGGUUUUUUUUUUUUUGGUGUUCACUCUCUCUCCCUAACUGUCAUGUAUUGCUGUUUUUUUUUUACUGACUCACUCACCUCAUCAUCCGCUUUGUUUUUUUUAUACAAUGUCUUAUAUCAAUUCAGCUGUACACAUUGCCCCUGGAAAGAGAAUGACCGCUCAGGUGGCACAUAAUAGUCUCAGCCUGUCCACCUGAAGACUGAACUGAUAACUUUAAAACCAAAGAGCCAACAAAUUUCAUACCCAUAAAUUUUCCACCUGAAUCUCUUUUCUUUUGUACAUCUUAUGUGUGUGUUAUUUUUACACCCAUAUACAUUAAUAUAUGAGUGUAUUUUCAUGUCGAUGGAAAUAUUUUAAAAAAUACGGUGUGGAAAGGAUUAUUUUUUUUGGAGAGGUUUAAAAGUAUACUCGUGGACGUGGCCCAAUUGUCAGUAUGGUGUGUGACUAUUAUGACACCGACUAAGCAAAAUUAACACUCAGUGUUCGUUAAUUUUAAAUGUUACAAACAGAUUCUCAUCUUGACAUUAGACUUUUGCACUUUUAGAUGGUUAAUAUCUGAAGAUUCCAGAAAUGAUAUCUAAUUGUAGGACUUAAUUUGGACACACUCUCACACACUUUCAAAAUGUAGUUUUUUGCACCAAAACCAUCAACAAUCACUACGUAUUUUGUGUGCGUUUGUGUGAGGUUAAAGUUACUGUCACGUUAAUACCCAGUUGUUUGUAACUGGUUUUUCCAAAUCCAGUCAUUCAACAGUACUUCCUGCACUUCCCGCACUAUCUAAACCAUCUUAAAAACAAAGAAUGUUAUGUAUUUGGUGUUGUGAACACUAAUUAAUGUUCAACCACUUCAGUUUUUCGAAUGUAGAAUCAUGAAGAACUCCCCGAAUUAACACUACGCUCUUAUGACUACUGCAUGCGUUUGCUCGUUACCUUAAAAUGUAAUAACACUAAAGAUAAACACUUAAGCUAUAUGAGGCAAACACUCUAAACAGCCCAAAUUUACUGAUAUCUAAAAACUACAAAUCUUUAGAGGAGAUUAAGGAUUAAGGUGUAGGAUUAAGCAGUCAGUCCUAUAGUUACCGUUAACAUACACGCUCUGAUUUGCUUCACAGCUGUUUGUGUUGAGGAACAGAAUCUGGCUCAUAAUUAUAUUUAGACUUGCAUUAACUACCUCCUGCAUCCAUUCAGAACAAACUGCAUAAAGUGCAUACUCAUCUUCCAUUAGCCUUUUACUGAACCGUGCAAUUAGUGCCUCCUGAAUAUAUUACACACUUACUUACCUGUUCCUUCGAUCAUAUUUCUCUUUGUCCCAUGAAUGCAUUACUCUCUCUUUACUCUUCUCUGUGUAGGAUCAAAUAAAAUGUAGAUGUCCUUUAAACAUGUCAUGCCUACAUAUACACUAGAAAGGUCUAUAUACAUGCUUGUAAUCCUUGCACUUUUAAACUGAGAACAGUUAUCAAUCUUAUCUGAGAAUCAGCUCACAGUCUCUGGUCAGUCCAAAUGUGGUUAAUUGGUGUGAAAUGCUUUAAGGACCAGGGAUCGUCUAUGAGUAUUUUUUAGUUGCUGAUCAAUGUUGUAUAAAAAAAUAUGCACUACCAAUAAAGAUAUGAAUAUAUUAAUGAA